UUGCGCCUGUGCAAAAUUAACUUCGCUUUUUCGGGAAAGAGGAUCGCAGAUUUCAUCAAACAGUGACACAUCUUCACGCCGAUUUGUUUGCGUCGAGGGACCUGACGUGUGGAGAUGAGUGUCGAAGUGGAAAGAAAGUUUAUUUGCAAUGCUGAGACUUUGAAAACACUGGAGGAGAUUGGGGCAGCGUGUGUCGGCCAGUGCCAGUUUCAGGACCAGUACUUCGACAGCCCCAGCUUUGACCUGACUUUAAGAGACCUGUGGCUGCGCAAACGAAAAGGAUGCUGGGAACUGAAGUGCCCAGCAACAGAGGAGACAAGUGGAGAACAAUCAAAAGCUGCAGCUCUGUGCACUCGCUACAAGGAGAUAACCAAUCUGCCUGACAUUCAACUUCGAGUGAAGGAGGUCCUCAAAGAUGUUUGUGAGGACAUGACCAAAUGCCCCACACCAGGGAAUGACUCCUGGCUCAGCAAAUUCAAUCUGGUAUGCUUCGCAGAGUUUACAACGGUUCGCCGGUCCUUCCUUUUAGAGGAGGAGGGAGUGCAGAUAGAUCUUGACCAAGCUGACUUUGGCUACCAUGUGGGGGAGAUAGAGGUCCUGGUUCCUGAAGAGGGGGAUGUGCAGUCUGCCUUGGAGAAGAUUGAAAGGACAGCGCAGAAGCUUGGUCUGACUGGAGAUCAGCGAGUUGAAGGAAAAAUGAGUGUCUACCUGAAGAGAAAUAACCCAGAGCACUAUACUAAACUACUGAAUAAACAGAUUUUGUAAGAUGUAUUAUAAAUGAUCUGUAACAGAUGCAGCUAAGUAUUUUUAUGAAGUAUGAAGUAUUUGAACUUGUAAAGCAAUGAUUGUAUUUAUAAUAAAGAAUAAAAAUAUUUAA